UUUCCAUUGCUGAAAUCUUAUUUUAGAUCUCAAUAGCGCAAUUAAUCAAUUGGGAAAUAGUUAAACCAAGAACAAUAAUUCCGAGAGGGGUUGCAGAAAUGGCGAAGAAGAUCUUGAUGUCGGUAGAGAUGAGAUGCGAAAAAUGCAGAUCGAAGGCACUCAAGAUUGCUGCAGGAUCUGAUGGAGUGAAGUUUGUGGGAUUGGAAGGGGAGAAGAAAGAUCGAGUGGUUGUGGUAGGAGAAGACAGCGUAGACGCAGUGGCCAUUGUCCUUCGCCUUCGCAACAAACUCGGCCGUACGGAUAUCAUCAGCGUCUCUCAUGUGAAACCCUAAAUCUUACGAUUUUUAAUUUCUUUUUUCGUAUUUAAUUUCUUAGGUCACUCG